AAUCCAGUUUAAGAUGAUCUUUGUUUCACUGCUUCCUCUGCUCAAACAAGGGAAACAAAAAAAAAAAAAACACCAUACAGACAAGGAGAAAACAAAUGGCAAUCGUCAACAAGCGUUUGAAGGCGAAUUCAGGUUCAUCAACACCGCUAAGAAGCAUUUUGAAGAAGCGGAGCAUGAAGGCGAGGAUUGAGAAACUGAAGAAGGAGACAAAGGAGAUUCGAAAGGAACAGAAAGACAUAGCAGAGGGACACAGAGAAAUAGCUAAAAAGCUUCACUUGAUCAAAACCAGUCAUGACCAAAUGAAGAAAGAUAUUCGGGUAUUAAACAGAGGGAGCGCACACCUGCAAUGUAGACUCAACAUCAUGUUCAAAAUCUUGAAAGCGCGGCAACUUGGCGAUUCCAUUGAAGAAAAGAAGCUUGUUCAGUUACUCCUCAGCAUUACUCCUCCAAACUAAGGAGUUCAAGAUGUUUGUUGCUCCUCGAAACAUAAGUUUUCGACAUGUUUUAGAGAUUACAUACAAAAUUUAUUCACAUAAACUACUUAUACCCCUUUUUUUUAAAGCUAUCUAUUGUACUUUAAACGUUACAAACUUCAUGUUUUAUUUAUGUUAAGAGUGAAUCAAAUUUACAUGUAAAUUCAGUUGUUCAUGAAAGUUUUACUUAUAGAUAGUAACUUUAAUUGUCAAGCAA